AUGCGUGCCUCAUCCCUCAUUCUCCUCGGGGGGCUUGCCCUCGCAGCCGCGAAGAGCUGCACAUCCAUGGAGGACUGCUCACUCAAUGGUAUCUGUACAUGCCAUCAUACCUGUCGCUGUGAUCCCGGCUGGACGGGCUCCAACUGUGGCAAGCUGGACUUGCAGCCCGUGGAGCGCUGGACGGGGUACAACAAUACCAACUUCACCAACCCGGACUUCUAUCGUGAAGGAGGCGGCAACUCGUCGUGGGGCGGCCAAAUUAUUCAUGAUCGAGAGGACAAGGGACUGUUCCACUUCAUUGCAAGCCAGUUCAAGCAUGGCUGUGGACUCUCCGCCUGGCGACCAUUCAGCCAGGUAAUCCGUGCCGAGUCAAGAACGGGUCCCCGAGGGCCUUUUAUCUGGAAGCAGACUUUGUUCGAUACAUUUCGUCACAAUCCGACCGUUGUGUGGAGUCCAGCCGACGAGAAGUAUCUCAUACACUUCAUCGGACAGGAUUGGGAGACACCUGAUGUGUGCCGAUCGACAAAGACCAACAACACGAUAUCCGUCAGCACAUCGCCUGACUUGAAAGAAUGGACGGAGCAAAUACCUCUUGUUGUCAAUGUGACAAACCCCACCGCCUGGCCCCUGUGGACUGAAGACGACCAUACACCCGAGAUGUUGCUCGCCUCUGAGAAGAAUAACAUUUACUACUCGCCUACCGGCUAUGCAGGGCCAUACAACCUGACCGUCGAGCCCGGCAAUAUCGAGAUCCAUCCUAGCAUGCGAAGUGAAGACCCGUUUCUCUGGCGGGACAAGCGUGGUCAUUGGCAUUUCCUCGUACACCACAUGGCCGACAUCCCUCUCGGUCUGAAGGGUCCUCGUGUCGGCGCGCAUGCUUUUGCACGCGACUGGCGAGGUCCGUGGACGUAUGAAAACGAGACUCUUGCCUUUGAUGCUUUUGUCGACUUUACUGACGGUGGGCGGACGGAGUACUAUCGGCGUGAAAGACCCAAGCUGUAUUUUAGCGAGGACGGGGAGAUGACGCCGUUGUAUUUGGUGAAUGGGGUGCAGGAGUUUGGUAAUAUUUCUGCGUACACGCUUGUUCAGCCUAUCGGAGAGGCUUGGAAGGCGUAUGAGGAUGCGCUCGGCAGGUGA